AUGAUACACUCAAUUAAAAAAUUUGGGUUUAGUCUUCUAUCUACUCCCAAAAUAUUAUCCGAAAAGAAUGAAAAAAAUCAAUUACGGACUAAAAUUAUUAAAUAUUCUGGCAGACUCUUAACUGAACAUGGAAAUGAAAUAUGUCCUGGGUUUUUUAAAAAAUCCUCUAAAUCUUUCCAACAUGCCGAUGAUCCAGAUUGGAUCGGGUAUGGCGAUAUAUCCAUGUCUCCUUAUGAUACUGCUUGGGUCGCAAUGAUUCCUAGUAAAAUUUAUAAAGAAUCAAGAUUUUCGAAGGAUUUCAGUUUAGCAUUCCCUCAAUGUUUCUUAUGGCUUUUAAAUAACCAAGAUAUGCAUGGAAGUUGGGCUGGUAGUGGUGCUGCUGGCAUAGUACCAGGACUUGCAGGUCUUCUUGCUCUAGGUCUUUUCCAGUCACAUUCCGGCGAAUUCUUUGAAACUAAAUUGAAUGAUUUGGGAAUAACUAUUGUGCAAUUUAUUGCAAUUUUUGAGAAAGCCAAAAAUUUUUUACAAAAAGCAUUAAAUGAAUGGAAGCUUGACAACUUUGACAUGAUAUGCUUCGAAUUAAUAAUUCCUUACCACCUCUCAGCUUUAGCACAACUUAAAGAACCGGUUGUGUUUGAUUUUCCCGAAAGAGAACGAAUUUUACAAGAAGGUCAAAGAAAAAUGAGUCUUGUCCCUUUGGACAAGAUUAUUAUUCUAGCAAAAAGCCAACCAAUAACCCUUACACAUUCUAUUGAAGUAUUUAGCGAAGAAAUGGACCUUUCACGAAUUCAAAAUAAAGACUUUCAAGCAAUUAAUGGUAGCUAUGGAUCUUCACCAGCUGCUACUGCCUCAGUGCUUUUACAUGCCCAGAAAUGGGAUGAUAAAGCAUUUGAAUUUUUGGAAAAGAUAAUUUCAAAAUGUCCAUCUUACGCAAAAGGUCAUGGCCUUGUUCCUACUAUAUGUGAUGUAGGAUUAUUUGAAACUAUAUGGAUGAUGCAUUCUAUUGCAGAAUUAUGCCUAAAUAUUCGUGCAAACAAGAAAAUUAACCUCAAGCGCAAGCAUAUAUUAACAAAAAAACUGUUAUCCAAGAACCUUGCACUUAUUAAAUACUUAUCAGCAUUAAACAAAGAACAUGGUGGAACUAUUCGAUGGACUAGUUGGGACAAUAAAAUACCGAAAGAUGCUGACGAUUCGACUGUGUGCAAUUGGCUUAUGAAGAAAUUUGAUUCUGAUGGUGCGGUUGAUAUUGACAUUAUCGCAAAGGCUUUUUAUAAUGGAAAAUAUUUUAUCACCUAUCCCAAUGAAUUUUAUCUCUGUUAUCAUGAACUUAUAUUCACUCAAGACUUUAUAAUUAUUCCAGAACGAACAUUCUCGAUGAGUUGUAAUGUGCAUGCCAUCAAUCUUUUUGUCUCAGAGUAUCAAAGUUCAAGAAAAGUCGAGUUGGAAGAGAUAAUUGUGACUGCAACAAAUUUCCUAAUUUCACAACGAGAAAAAGAUGGUAUUUGGUUUGAUAAAUGGAAUAAAAGCCCAUCUUAUGUAACUUUCAAAGCAAACAAUUUGCUAUUAUCCUUACAAGAACACCCAAACAUAUGCACUAAGUUAGGAUUCACAACAAAUAAAGUACUUAGUGAUUUUUGCAGAAAAACUGUCGAUUGGGCAUUAAAUACACAACAUGCUGAUGGAAGUUGGGGUGAGCCAUCAAAUAUAGGACCUGGAAACCUUGAAGAAACAAGUUAUAUUGUAAGGCUCCUAAAGACUGCUUCUAAGAAUUGGUCAGAUGAUAAAGCGAUUAAAUUAGCAUUAUAUAAUGGUAGGAAAUGCCUUAUUGAGCAUCUUGAUGAAUCAAUGAUGGAUCACGGAUAUUUUUAUACAAAGCAACCCUUUUUGUGGAUUGGCAAACAAUAUUAUACCGUUCCAAAAGUUAUCAAAUCAUCUAUUCUUGCAUCCCUUUGGGAUGAUUAA